AUGUUGUCCGCCAAAGGCCCACAAAUGCGUGCGUUCACCCAACGAAUCGCCGCGUUCUCCACUCAGGUCCACAUCGAUCCGGCUCCAAUUGUAUUCGUCGGAAAGGGCACAACUCCUCGUCAAAAUUCGCUAUUGGGACCAAAUGACAGUCAAUAUCCAUUCCAGGGAGAUGUCUCAUUUGCUCACAAGCCCCUCUCAAUCCGCCAACAAAAGGAGAACUCAAAAAUCGAACGUGUCAUGGAUCACACGGAACACAGUUUGAUCAAUUUGCUCUCCAACACAAAUAUCGAAGUGGAUCGUACUCAUUUGACUCAAAUGAGAGAGGAAGCAAUGGAAGAGAUUCAGGCGAAUGCGGCUGAUGUCGAGAUUGAGCUCUCCGCUAUUGAGGCACCAAAGUUGCUCAAGAAGGAAAUGAAAUAUCUGUUCCCACAAAUGGAGACCCAAAAGAUGGCCAACGUGACGGUGUUCAACCUGACUCAAAAAUCAGAAUUCGAUAUGAAGGCGUGGAGUGAAGCGAUGGAAGAGGAGCGUGAGAAGCUCACCGCCUCGUUCAUCAUGUCAGCCAACGCCAUCUGCUCGACACUUCAUCGUUUCGGUUACUGGGCUGACUUCAUUGAUCCCUCAUCGGGACGCCCGUAUAUGGGAGACUACACGAAUCACACUCUCUUCGAGACCAACGACGCCUACAAACAGAUGGGAUUCAAGAUUGAGGAUUUGGGAUGUUGUAAGGUGCUUCAACACGCUUGCUGGGGAUCCAACGCAUUCGUUGGCACCAUUUUCACUGAUGCCCCAGUUGAUGGAAGUGCUGUGAGAGAUAUUUUGAAGAAGGUCACUCAAGAGAUGACGUCGUCUAGUGAUGAUGAUGAGGCGGACGUGUACAGAAGAAGGGAAACGACGAUUCCGGAGAUUUUUGUGAUUUAUUUGCAGAGAUGGACGAAAAACUUGCCGACAUUCACUGGUCAAAUCGUGAUAUUGUUCUGUGUUCUACCCGUCUCAUUCUCUCUCGCCGUCUUCCUUGUCACCGCUAUCUUCAACUUUGGAAUCGCUUUUAUUGCUCAGACCAUCUCCUCCGUCAUCAUCCUCCUAUUCCUGAUCCCUUGCAUUGCCGUUUGCAUUGUCAGUGCCAUCGCCACCGCCUACAUCCUCCAGUUGACUCAAAACAUCUACCUCCGAUUAUCUUCAUCUCCACCCACUGAUCACUCGUCAUACACUCAGAAUCACCGAUCGAUUUCUCCACCACCAGAAUAUCAUCCGAAAAUGGAAAUCGAGGAAAAAUUGAAAACUUGUUAA